CCGCAGCCGCAGCGCCACUGGAGGAGCGCGCGGCCGCGAGCGAGCGAGCAAGCGACCGAGGGAGGGGAAAGGGAGGAAGCGAGGGAAGAGGGCGUGCGGCCGCGGGGUCCCGAAGCCAGGCGGCAGCAGCAGAAGGGCGCCAGGGCCGUCGAGUGGGCCGGGGAGAAGCGUGCACCGGGCGGCCGGCGCUGGCUCCCGCGGGCGGGAGACCGGAGAACAGGAGGUGGUGGUGGUCGCUGCGGCGCGGCAGUCCGCGCAGCUCCCGGGUCGGGGUCUCCUCCCGGCGCUUCGGUCGCCCUCGGGGCCCCGCUCCCCGCCCCCCGCGGUAUGUCUUGAUCGCGAGCAGCGGGUUUCAUGGGGCUCCUCAGGAUUAUGAUGCCGCCCAAGUUGCAGCUGCUGGCGGUGGUGGCCUUCGCGGUGGCGAUGCUCUUCUUGGAGAACCAGAUCCAGAAGCUGGAGGAGUCCCGGGCGAAGCUAGAAAGGGCAAUUGCAAGACACGAAGUCCGAGAAAUCGAACAGCGCCAUACGAUGGACGGCCCGCGGCAGGACUCGGCUCUGGAUGAGGAGGAAGACAUGGUCAUCAUUUACAACAGAGUGCCCAAAACUGCAAGCACCUCCUUCACCAACAUCGCCUACGACCUGUGUGCGAAGAAUCGAUACCAUGUUCUUCACAUCAACACUACCAAAAACAACCCAGUAAUGUCAUUGCAAGACCAGGUGCGCUUCGUGAAGAAUAUAACCACCUGGAACGAGAUGAAACCAGGUUUCUAUCACGGACACAUUUCGUACUUGGAUUUUACAAAAUUCGGUGUGAAGAAGAAACCGAUUUAUAUUAAUGUCAUUAGGGACCCUAUCGAGAGGCUAGUUUCCUACUAUUACUUUCUGAGGUUUGGAGAUGAUUACAGACCAGGACUGAGGAGACGGAAACAAGGAGACAAAAAGACCUUUGAUGAAUGUGUGGCUGAGGGCGGCUCAGACUGUGCUCCAGAGAAGCUCUGGCUUCAGAUCCCGUUCUUCUGUGGCCACAGCUCAGAAUGCUGGAAUGUAGGAAGCAGAUGGGCUAUGGAUCAAGCUAAGUACAACCUAAUUAAUGAGUACUUCCUGGUGGGAGUUACGGAGGAGCUAGAAGACUUUAUCAUGCUCCUGGAAGCAGCUUUGCCCCGAUUUUUCAGGGGUGCUACUGACCUCUAUCGAACAGUAGGAAAGAAAUCUCACCUUAGGAAAACCACAGAGAAGAAACUGCCCACCAAGCAGACCAUCGCGAAGCUGCAGCAGUCUGACAUUUGGAAAAUGGAGAAUGAGUUCUAUGAGUUUGCCCUGGAGCAGUUCCAGUUCAUCCGAGCCCACGCUGUCCGAGAGAAGGACGGCGACCUGUACAUCCUGGCCCAGAACUUUUUCUACGAAAAGAUUUACCCUAAGUCGAACUGAACAUGGGUAUGGCCGGAGCACUCCGACCUGGAACCUGACUCUGUCACCACCCUUCUCAGCUUCCUGCUGAUGCCACCACCAUGUGUGAGCCCUUCGCCAAGCUGAGCCGGGGCAGGCCUGAAUAUCACGGAGCAGGAUGCUGGCGGGCUGGCAGAGUCCUGUGGAGUUUCUAACUUUCAGGCAUUUUUACUUUCUUGUUGUUUUGUUUUCAUUUUCAUGAUAGUUAUCAUCUUCUCCUGGUGCAGGGGGCGGGGGCUUACAUUGCCUGAAAUGCACACGUGGAAGUUUAGUCAGACGCUGAAUCCCAUUUCAGAAGAGGUUCUGAUUCUUGUGCUUUUGAUAAGCAUUUCUUCACCUCUCCUUGAGUGAAGAUGAAUCCGUUUGCCACUUACCCUUCUGGAGUCUGUGCCACCACCUCUGCUGGAUAGUGCUAAUAACUGCUUAGCAGUGUCUGAUUUAUUGUUAUGAGUCAUGUCUCACAAAGUUUAUUAGAAUGUUUGAUCAUGUUUUCUCAGAACAUUUCUGCUACAGUUGGGUUUGCCCAUAUUUAUCUAGGCUCCUAUUUUAUUUUAUUUUAUUUUAUUUUAUUUUAUUUUAUGAUCAUUAGUGUUAAAGAAAUCAAUUUGAAACCAUGAAUAAUACUGUAAAAAGGUAAAAAGAAUUAAAGCAGUAUUCCUGACUCCUGUCACCCCAGUAUCUGAUAUUGGGAUGAUAUUUCUAAGAAUGUGGACAUCAUCUGAAGCUUUCUCAAGUAUUCCACAUAUCAAUAGCAAAAAAGUGAGUUUAAUAUUUGUUUGUUCCUGGCUUAUAUGUAACCCUAAACACUGGUGUAUUGGUGACUCCAUAUGCGACUCCAUCGGUGAGCUGUGACGUGGGUAGGAUUUGAGACUACUCUGUUCUUUUACCUGUAGACUAUUUUUACUACGGUGCUUUAUAAUGUGUUUUAAAGCAUUGCAUUUACAAAAGAAAAAAGGAAAAUGCUGUAAAUAUUGCAUAUUUUAUGUAUUUGGACCAAAAAGUUACAAGUAAGUAGGCAACAGUGGUUUUGCACCCAUUUAAUUAUGUCGAGUAAAGUCGUCAGACUGCCUAUCCUAUGCUGGCAUUUCUGGUUUAAUGUUGCUGUUAUGUUGUCACUAAAAUGAGCUAAUGUAGCCUUUCAAUUUUGAUAGAGAACAGUGCUCACCCCUGAGGUGGUAGUGAUUAAGGAAAGAGUAGCAGAGUCUGAGAGUUUGAUGUCUGACUCCAGCUCUGCGCAUUCCCGCUGUGUGAUGUUCGGAAGUCGCCUGACCUCUCUCUGCCUCUGCUUCCUCAGCUUGAGGUGGGGACACUAAUACCUGCUGUACCUACCCCACAAGGAUGUUGUGAGGACUAAGGAAGCUGGCGUGGCGGAGAGCACUUUGAAAGUGUGGCGGGGUGCUCAGAUGAGAGGUGUUUUCACAGAAGUAUCUCUAGCCUAUAGUUUCACAGUCUCCAUUCUUUUAACAACAAAAAGGGAAAAUCCACUUUUAAGCUUUAUGGGGGGGGAACCUUUCUCUUGAUAUAAAUUUGUGUUUGAUAAAUAUCUUCUCAGUGUUUUAUCUUCCGUGCUUCAGCAACUGUCGAAUUCCAGUGCCUCCCUAGCUGCCGAGGAGCAGGAAAACCUUCUGUAAACCUGAAGGAUGUUCUCAUGUAUCUGACUUUGUCAUCCAAAAAUGGUGGCUGGUUUACACCUGUGCUUGCUAGAGUGUAUUUUAUAGAGUUUAAUUUCUCCGCUAAUUCUUCACCUUCUCCCUCUUCACAUCCAGAAUUGAGAUUCCUCUCAGACACACUUUUCUAAAGGAGUAAUCAUUUGUACAUUUAAAUGUUUCUAAACAGAACCUCAUCAAACAGAGCAUUUUCAACAGAAGGCUUUAAAGUAUUUAUUGUGUGAUAGGAGGAGCGAAGAACACUGCACAUCAGAAAGCACUUACGAAGAUUAAAGGAAUGGCUAAGCCACGGCCGCCAAGAUGAAAGGAUUAAGAGAACAUAGCAGCAUUUCCCUUCCCUCCCUCCUUUCCACUGAAAGUUUCUAUAUACCCGCUAAAAACAAGUCAUUUUCUUGCCCCAACGCUAAAGAGCCUUGUCGAGGCAGGCAUGACUGCUGAAUAAGUCUGAGGUGACUCUUGAGAGUUCGCACUAAAUUCUUUUAGGUAGUUAGGGUAGCGCUCAGAACACUAACUGAGACUUUCCGGAAACUGUUCUCAUAAAAGACCAGAGUGUUAGUGAGUGUUGGUCAGGUCUCUGCGCAGCCACUCCCGCUGUUGCUGAGAAUCUGUGGCAGAGCAGACAAAGCACCAUGGUUCUAACUUAGUAAAACCUUUAUUUACCAAACAGAAGACAUGCUAGAUACAUGCGGACCGUGAGCCGCAAGCCCUCGCUCGCUUGCUUGCUAGCUCGCACUGCGAGGAAUUGUCACAGAGAAGCCGUGUCUGUCCGAACCAAGUUCCCCAAAGAGUCUCUCUACCUCCCACAUCUCCCAGCUGACGGUCCCAAGAACUGCUUUCUGACUCAGUCUCUCCCGAGGUUCCUUUCUGUCUUGUGUGCAUUGCUUUCAGGUGACAGGUUUUCCUAGUUCACCAGUACAGACUUGGGACAUUUCUUUUAUCACUUAUUGGAGUGGAUGGGUUCAAAGCCUCCUUUCUGGAGACUGAGAAAAGGGUAGGUUUGCUUCUGUAGGAGUCUGAGUCCUUAGAAUCUGUAACUUUAUAAUCAAAUGAAUAGAACCACUGACACAAUGUGUAUUUUUUAAGUGUGGCAAAUAAUUUUUUUUUGACCUUUGUGCUUUUUCAGUAAUCAGACCUUAGGGAGGCAGUUUUUAUAUGAUAGUAAAGCAGAAUAACCACGUUGAAUUUUGUGUAUAUGUAUCUAUGUUUAUUUCCUACAGAAGAAGAGGUGGCUUUCUGUGUUCAGCUUGUAUCAGCUGUCUUCUUAUUCCUGAGAAAUGGCAAGUGUUGAUAAACCAUUGUGUUUUAAAAUGUAGUGGGGAGGAUAUAUAUAUUUUUAUUUCACCUGGCUUUAAUUUGUAAAGUGUCACUUAAAUAUAUCUGGUAGCGACCCUCGAAGUACUGCAUGGGAGCUGCUUCUGUGUCCUCAAUACAGUCACACAGUCUCUAACACCUGCUGCUUCUGGCCUCCUGAGGAUUGGAUUUAAAUAUCUAAAAACCACAACACUGAAAGUUGCCGGCUUUUUAAACACUUACCUUUUCCUUCUGUUCUGAAAAUCCAGCUAGCACCUAUAGUUUGGACUCUAUUGAUAUUCCUCAUCAUGUGUCCUGUUGGAAAACCCCUACAAUUGUCUGCUCCAUCAGGGAACUUACCAGAGUAUUUUGAUGUUGUAUUUGCAUAGAUGGAUAUGAAAUAGUUUGUAGAUGACAAUUCUUUUUUAAUAAAAUGAAAAUUUUGAAAAAUCCGAAA